AUGGUCCGAGUUCGAAUAUUUCGACUCAGAAAUCCUUCAACCAAAAAGUUCUUUCACAUUGAUGGAUUUUUUUUUGAAAAAGGUCUCGCGGGUUCAAUCUGCUAUCUGCCGCAAAAUGCUCGAGUGUCAUUUCGAACAAACUACAUAUAAUUUACUCGUUUGAGAAAAAAGAAAUGCAAAGUUAUAAAAUGUUUUUUUCGUAUACUAAUCCAUUUUUUGUCUUGAUUAACUUAUCGAACAUCUUUUCAAGUCAGCAAUCAAGAAAGACCGGGGUCGCAAAACUUUUAACAACCUAAACUCUCUUCAUUUCUGAAAAAAGCGAACCAUUUUCUUGACAGCAAAACAAAGUACAGAAAAGUAUUUUUUUAGCUUUGCGGCUCGACGAGUGCUCUCGACAAGCUGAGAAGCGACGGUUUUGCCACGGAGGUUGAACGUCGUCGUGCGCACAGUUUCGGUGCCGCGAUGGAACGUGAGAGACCAGCGACGGACCGUUUUCACUGCGUCGAUAGAGCGCACUGUUCCGCCGUUCAUGCUCACUUUUCUCUUCAUGCGUCGUCACCCUCGCCCAGCAGACAGCGACCUUCUCUAGGAGGUUUCGUCUAAAUUCUUUUCGGAUAAAGCUCACAUCGCCCCUACCGUACUCCUUAGAAUUGAUCAAUCCUGGCGCCCGGCGACAAUCCUUGAUUAACGCUUCAUUUUUUUCGUCCAUCAGCUAAAAUCCAAAAAAAAAUGUUAAUUUUCUGAAAACCAGCCAAAACUCAACAUUUCAACCUGCACAACUUUCCAGUUUUCAAGAAGAAACAUACUAAAAUCCAUAAUAAAUAUUUAUCAUAAUUUUUUUGGAAAAAGGUUAUUUUGGGAUCCUUUAGUUCUUGUAAAGAACCUUUAGUUCUUGUAAAUUAAAAAGUUGUUAAGGAUAAAAACUGUAUUUCUACUUUCAAGUACAUCAAGGAAUCUUUUCGCCGAUGCUAGAAAAAUCUCAAUUUCAGAGUAAAAUGACCUGUUCUGGGAAAGUAGACAUGCCUUAAUCUUUUUUAAGUUCUGCCCUUCAGAUGGCUCAUUUAUAUCAAAUCAAAAUUUUUUGGGGUUUUUUCACUGGCAAUUCAAACAAAAAAAAGUUUUCAAUGAAGAUUUAUAACGUAAAAUUUAUUUGAGAUGGGUUCAUGAAGAAAAAAAACACAAGAAACGUGUCGAAUUAGAAAUUCCUAUCCAGGAAACUACUCUCAUUCAUUCAAUUCCGUCACAAAAAGAUGAAUUAGAAGGAGGUUGAGAGAAUACUAAAUAAGAUUGAUUCUGACAGCAUCUUUUGUUCAUUAGACGCAGUUUUCCAGCAAAUUCUUUUGAGUUCGAUGUUUUUUCUCUUAUUUUUAUAUUCCUCUGUUAAGCUCUGAGAGAGUUAUGAGAUUUUUUCAUAGCAAAUACGGAACUGUGAAAUGCUGAAUACGACAUGAUAAGUAUUUCUUCUCAGGACAAUCACUGGACGCUGCUAAUAUCCGUCGAUUUCUUAGCGACAAACGUCGCCGCUAUCACAACCGUAGUUUGGUAAGAACAUGUUAAUUAUCAAGAUCAGAAAAUAAAUUCAGGGACCUACAAUUGCAUCUGCCCCUUCUGUCGAGCAGGAAGAUUACCGUACACCGAAGCCGUCUUUCGAUAAGAAUGGAGGCAAAAGUUUCGACUUUUGUGGUGUCCCGUCCGGUUCGAUAGCCAGCGACUCAAAUGGGCUUGUUAAAGUUAGUUUUUGAGACCUUACCACCAAGAAAAGUUUGGAAAUUGGCUUGAAACCAUUUCGAUUUACAAUUGAAGCAUCUAUCAGCCGCAAGUUUCAAAAACUUCAAAUUUUAGAGAAUAGACGUUUCGUAGCGCGAGUUUCUCUCCUAAUUUCCAGAAAAGCCGUCUUUUAAAUAUUCAAUCAUUUUUUAUGGAGUAUGACAGUUAAGUAAACUAAGACUUUCAGGCUCUAUCUGCUAUUUUAAAGUGCAUUUGAACAAAUUUGAAAAAAUGCGAGAAUUCAAAAUAAAUUUUUUCCUAUCACACAUUGAUCAUGGAGUCUACGAAAAGAAAAGCAAAUCUUAUACAUAGCUCACUCAUAUCCCCAACAUCAUUGUUGGUUGCUUUUGACGCUGGUUUCCCUCUUGUUCUUCUUCAGUUUCCUAAACGCGGCGAGAGCGAAGGAAGGUCGCCAGAACUCUUUGUUUGUCGCCAUGAAGAGCCCACACUCUGA